CGCGGUUAUCAUAUCGUCAAUUUGUCACAUACACUUGGUGUUUUAUUUGAUCAGAGCAAACAUUAGUUAGUAACACACUGGUGCGAAAUUUAUCAAUAAGAGAAACGCCCAAGUCCUUUGUUCCUGAAAAUGUCGAGUAAUAUGUUUGGGAUUGAUAUUAUAUUCGGUGAUAGUUGGGUCAACGUAGUUGGAAGUCUUGUUCUAAUUACCGCGGUAUUCACAACGGUUCUGGUUUGUGCAGUUGGUUAUAUGUACAAAAUGCUCCAUAAAAUCCAAAGAUCACUUGAUGAGAUGACACAUACAACGAUGGAUCCAUCACGAAGAAGGACAAGCCCGUUCGCACGUCCACAUAAUUUUAACACAGGAUACGAAACGGAAAUCCCCAGAGUAGGAGGAUCAUCGUUGUACGAGAGAACAAAACUUGGCCAGUUUGAUACCGGAUCAUCAAUGGGAAGGGAGAGAGAUGACCCUUACAAUGUACCGCGGGCAUUAGGACCCAGAGACCGAGAUAACGAUUCUAGAGGAGGACGUCCACAUAAUUUUAACACAGGAUACGAAACGGAAAUCCCCAGAGUAGGAGGAUCAUCGUUGUACGAGAGAACAAAACUUGGCCAGUUUGAUACCGGAUCAUCAAUGGGAAGGGAGAGAGAUGACCCUUACAAUGUACCGCGGGCAUUAGGACCCAGAGACCGAGAUAACGAUUCUAGAGGAGGGUACCUGCAUAAAGCGCAUGAUCAGAAUCAAUAUAACAGACGUAACUGAUUGCAAUUUGUUUAUGAAAAAAGUCAGGUCGUAGAUAGAGAUGCAAUAAUUGGACAAAACAAAAAAGAACAUAACCAUAUCACGGUACAAAUUGAGCGACUGUACUUAUAGGUCUUUUCACGGUUAAGUCAAAAUGUCAAAUAAGUAAGCAGAUCGGCUAAUAACCAUGUGCGGAUUAACUUCCCUAAGACAAAUUAUACACUGCGCAAAACGAAUCCUUAACGCAGCUGCUAGUCGCUCUUGCACACUCUCACACAUGAACUGGGAGAUAAAGGUGGGAUGUUUUCAUUCAGUUUUUGAAAAACUUUAAUGAGUUUAACAUAGACUGUCGCCAUUGUAGUUGUAUCUCCGAGCAUGACCACCGUUUAUAUCGAAGAUUAACAAAAGAUAAAUUCAAAUUGCACGCCCAUGACAAGCAAGUUGCCAUACUGGCAGUGACAAGCAUAAAGAUAGAAGACUCAAGUCGAUGAGAACAUUUUUAAGGCGAGUUUGAUAUACGAAUGCAGAGCCUAUCAUGACCCCAUAUCUCAAACUGUUCCGUUAUAUUUUUCUAGUUAGGUUUUUUUAGUACAAAACAGAAUGUGACCGUCGUUGUUCAGGAAGGAAAAGCAAGGCUAACUUGUAAUUUAAAAAAAGUUAUUUUUUUACAAUAAUUUUAAACCGUGUGUGAAUAGAUUCAUCUUGUAUGCAUAUUCGGUACUUACUAAUUAAUGCACAUUAAGUAAUAAACAAGGUAGGAAAGAAAAUAGUAUACUUGAAUUGGACGAUAGUGUAAUGAUUUUUUGUCCAAUAUUUUGCAUUUUGUCUCACUGUGUCUCUUUAUUCUCAUUAAACUUUUCUAGUAUUGUCUCAAUUUUUUUUUUCUCCUUUUACCAAAAGUUCAUCAUCUAGUUACUUACUUACUGUAUUUACCUUUCAAUUGGGACUAAGGCUUGAAAUAAACCAGUUGAAGAAACAAUUGCCAUGGGCAGAGGAGAG